CUCUUAUAAACUUUUUUUCUUUCCAUAAAAAACUUAUUCUUUUUCUUUUUCUUCAAUGAAUCAUGUUUACCAAUUUUCAUGUAAUAAAUGAAAUUAUCAAUAGAGAGCUCCAAAGAACCCAACUUUUUGCAACUCGAUUGCCCAGUAGACACCAACUAACUAAACACCCUGGCUUAUUCUGAUUCCAGAUGCUGUUUAGUGUUUUCUAGUCCUUUCGAAAUAUGUGUCCUGUUUGUUUCAACUAAUUAUUUGCUUAUGCAACCCUCGAGCUUUUGAUGAUCUUUACUUUCUUAUUUCCAAGAGGCCUCCAUGUCACUCAUCUGCGGCCUUCCAAUCCUUGAAUGUGUGUACUGCUUGGGGUGUGCUCGUUGGGUAUCGCAGAAAUUCCUUUAUAAUGCAGGACAUGAAAGUGAGAACUGGGGCCUAGCCACAGCCGAAGAAUUUGAGCCUGUUCCCCGCCUUUGUCGCCUAAUUCAUGCUUCCUAUGAAUAUGAUCCUCGAGACCCAUUUUGGGCAACCCCAGGAGAUCAUGGCAUCAAUGCUGAUUGGGUCAUUCUGAGGAAAAGUCAUGCAGAAACCGGGGGACGUUCAACUCCUUAUAUGAUUUAUCUUGACAAUGAAAACGCUGAAAUAGUUUUGGCCAUUAGAGGGCUUAAUAUGGCAAAGGAAAGUGAUUUUGUUGUUUUGCUUGAUAAUAAAUUGGGUCAGACUAAGUUUGAUGGUGGUUACGUUCACAAUGGACUAUUGAAGACUGCAAAAUGGGUUUUUGAUACAGAGUGUAGUGUUUUGAGGGAUUUGGUUGAGAAAAAUCCAGAUUAUAGAUUGACUUUUGCAGGACAUUCUUUAGGGGCAGGAGUGGUGGCAUUGAUGGUGAUUUAUGCAAUUCAGAAUAGGAAGAGAUUGGGGAACAUUGAGAGGAAGAGGAUCAGAUGCUUUGGCAUGGCUCCUCCUAGAUGCAUGUCACUGAAUUUGGCUGUGAGAUAUGCUGAUGUUAUCAAUUCUGUUGUGUUACAGGAUGAUUUCUUACCACGAUCUACCACUGCUUUGGAAGAUAUUUUCAAAUCAAUUUUAUGUUUUCCAUGUCUACUAUGCCUAAUGUGCUUGAAGGACACAUUCACUUUUGAGGAGAAGAUGCUUAGAGACCCACGACGGCUUUAUGCACCUGGUCGCCUAUACCAUAUUGUUGAGAGAAAGUCCCUCAGGAUAGGAAGAUAUCCACCAGUUGUUAGGACAGCAGUCCCUGUGGAUGGGCGAUUUGAGCACAUAGUUCUUUCAUGCAAUGCGACCUCUGACCAUGCCCUUCUGUGGAUAGAAAGGGAAUCUCGAAGGGCUCUUGAUUUGAUGCUGGAGAAAGAUCAGAUCAUGGGUAUUCCAGCAAAGCAGUGGAUGGAUCGCCGGCAACAUUUAGCACGAGAACAGAGUGAAGAGCACGAGGCAGCUAUUCAGAGAGCUGUUGCUUUGGAUGUUCCACAAGCCUACUCAUCUUCUCCAUAUGGAACCUUCGAUGAAAUGGAAGAAGGGGAGACUUCUAGCAGCUCAACUAGAGGAAUUUCGAUGUUGUCAUUCAAGAAAAUAGGGGCACGUUGGGAUCAUUUUAUAGACCGUCUUUUCGAUGUGGAUGAGUCCGGUCUCCUGGUGUUCAAGAAGCCAAUCUCAUAAGACCUCAAAAUGUUUCGCUGUCGUAAUUAAGCCCGCAGAUAAUCAUUCUUUAAUUUUAACCACAUUUUACUAUUUUAGGAAAAUCUGUUCUAUUAAAUCUCCAUGGCUUGUGCAA